AUGGAUGAAAGAGUUCGAGCCAUUGAAAGCCCUAACACCUUCGGGAUGGAAGUUGCUGACAAGUGCUUAGUCCUAGGGGUCAAGAUCCCAGCUAAGUUCAAAGUACCUACCUUCGAGAAAUAUCAGGGGACUACUUGUCCCAAGACCCAUAUCAGGUCAUACCGUAGGAAAAUGGCAGCUUAUUCAGGCGACGAAAAGCUACUGAUACAUUUCUUCCAAGACAGUCUCAACGGAGCAUCCCUGGAAUGGUACAUGCAACUUGAAUGCUCACAUGCGCGUUCUUGGAGAGAGUUAGAUGAAGCUUUCUUGAAGCAUUAUUAUUAUAACACCGGUAUGGCGCCAAAUAGGACACAACUUCAGAGUUUGACUCAGAAAUAUGAAGAAUCCUUCAAAGAAUAUGCACAUCAUUGGAGGGACCUAGCUGCUAGGGUCCAACCUCCUCUGCUUGAGAAGGAACUGGUUGAUAUGUUCAUGGGUACACUCCAAGGCCCAUAUUUGGACCGAAUGAUAGGAAGUGCUUUUGCCAGCUUCUCUGAUCUCGUUGCCGCUGGAGAAUGGAUCGAGAACAGUCUGAAGACUGGAAAAAUCCAAGGUUUUGCUGUUGCUUAUAAUGGGACAAAGAAACCCUAUAGUGGUUUUCCCAAGAAAAAGGAGGGAGAAACCAACGCUACAUCAACCUCAAAGGGGAAAGGUAAAGCUUACCGAACCCCGUACUAUCAAGUUGCAGAAGUGACUCCCAACAACUAUCAACAACCGACAUACGCCAUUCCCGCUGUUCUAUAA